AUGUCCGCUGCAAAGGUCAAGGCCCAGAAACUUAUUGACGAGAACCAAGUCGACGACGGCGCCGCUAUUCAAGAUGCCCUCGAAGAAAUCACCAGCCAACGCUCCGUGCCUAAUAUCUUCAUCGCCAAGGAACAUAUUGGCGGAAACUCGGAUCUGCAGGCGCGCAAGACCGAGUUGCCGCAGUUGUUGAAGGAUGCGGGUGCCUUGUAA